GACGUCAGCGCAGGCAUGAUGUAAACAAGGAAGCGAAUGGGAGCUGCUCGUAUGAGGACAGUUCAUUUUUUUAUGUUCAUUGCCGAUCAGUUCAACAUAAUUCAUCUUUACUGUGUUUGACGCGUUUACUGAGUAUUAUUGACACACAUUAGCAACCAAAAAUAUAUAUUGUUUCGAAAUCGUCGGAGUCAUAAACACUGGAAACUCUUGUCAGAAUGGAGCAGAAACACAGACAGAUUCUUCAGCGGCACAGGUUAAACCUCGUCAAGGCAUUGAAUCCCGAAGACGUCUGUGAUAAGCUUCUGUCAAAGGGGGUCUUCACUCAGGACAUGAUCGAUGAAAUACAGAGCAAGGCAACCAGACGUGACCAAGCCAGGCAACUGGUGAAAGACCUGGAGACGAGAGGAAGUCUUGCUUUCCCAGCCUUUCUUGAUUCCCUGCGUGAGACUGGCCACAAUGAUCUUGCAGAGCUCCUUCAAAGCGGAGAUGGUGUUCAUCGCCCUCCUGUCAUUUCUGUACAGCCUUCACCGAUCCCUCUGCCAGUCCAAAAUCUAAAUCAUACUGAAAAGCCAGACAAACCUGAUAUCGCUUCUCCACGAUUAGUACCACUGAGACCUGAAAGCCUGCCGGUGCACAAGACAUAUAGUCCACCUUCUGAAACUGUGGUGAGACCAACCAGGCCAAGACGUGACAGUAUACAGUGCUACAAGAUGGAUGCCAGUCCGUGUGGGGUCUGCUUGAUCAUAAACAAUAUCAACUUUGAAAAAGCCUCUGAACUAAAUGACCGCAAGGGCUCCAACAUCGACUGCGACAAGCUGGAGAAAAGAUUUAAAGCGCUCAACUUUGAGGUUACAGUAAAAAGGAACUUGAAAUCUAAACGCAUAAGGCACGAGAUGGCAUCUUUAGCGAAGAAAGAUCACUCUACAUACGACUGCUGUGUGGUCAUCAUCCUUUCACAUGGCACUGAGGCAAGCCAUAAUCGAUUCCCUGGUGCAGUUCAUGGUGUUGACGGACCGGCUGUCCCAAUUCAGAUAAUCACAAACUACCUCAAUGGCCAGAACUGUCCUUCUCUUCAGGGCAAGCCCAAGUUAUUUUUCAUCCAGGCCUGCGGAGGAGGUGAGAAGGAUAUUGGUUUUGAGGUUUCUCCAGAUGACGUUCAACCAUCUAUAGGUGGGAUAGAUGACGAGAUGGACGCUAUUCCCAUGUCCUCUAGCAGUGACUCUCUCAGCACAGCGUCUGAUGAACUUGAUGCACGGGCAAGUUUGCCCACGCCCAGUGACAUCCUGGUGUCCUACUCAACAUUUCCAGGUUAUGUCUCCUGGAGGGACACAGAGGCCGGCUCUUGGUAUGUGGAGAAUCUUGAUCGUGUGCUGGAGGAAAACGCUAUCACAGAUGAUCUGGUGACCAUGCUGAUGUUGGUAAAUGAUGCAGUCUCACAAAUAUCUGCCAAAGGCCUGUAUAAACAAAUGCCUGGGUCUUUCAACUUCCUCCGAAAACUUCUCUACUUUCAGUCUUCACAGUCAUGAUCAGUAAAGAUUUGCAUGAUAAUUGCUGUGCUGUGAGACCAUUACCAUGUACCUGAAAAAAAAAAAACAUUUGUAUUUUUUUUUACCUCUAACUGAGCCUUAUGAUUAUGACAUUUGACUGAAGUAUUUGUUUUUAUUGUAAUUCUGUUUAUUUUUACACUUGCAAAUAAUUAAUAAAAAGUAAACUUCACAAUCAUAAACAAUUAA